UAGUGCAAUCCAUGUAAUUUUGAAUUAAAAGUUAAUUACAAACUUUUAUUAAGUGAUUAUAAUUAACGUUAAUUUUUUAUAAAACAAUUUAUUGGAUUUUUUGAAUUUUGAAUUUGAAAUUUCAUGGGUCUUAUUGGGAAUUUCGUAUUUUAACUGCAGUAAUAAGUGAUAGGUUAUGCAAAAAAUGUACGGGGAUGUGAGUGUGUAAUUAAUACGAAGUGGGAGCGGGCAUGAUGGUGAUAGGGGGAAAAUUUGAGGGGAAGCGGGUAUAUAUCGAGAUUUGAUUGUAUAUACAUAUUUUGAUUCACGUCGCGUAAGCAAUACAAGUAAAUAGAUAUCACUGUUUUCGUAAAAUAUUUUUUUUCUAACCAAUUAGUAAUGCGCUUACUUAUUACUAACCAAGUUGAUGAAAGUGAGGAAUCGCGUCCUCGAAGGGAAAAUUAUUUUUUAAUAACUCACUGAGGAAUUUGUGAUUUUUUUUAAAAUACAAACGUUACUGCAAAAAAAUAUCUGCUCUCAUUUUCGGAUUAAUUGCAAAAAAUAAUAUUUCAAAUUUAAAAAAAAAAAAGAUUUUUAAAAAUCUUCGACGAAAUUGAAUUUAAAGAUUUUGUGAAAACGUUUAAUUUAAUCAUGUUAAAAUAAUAAUAAUAAUCUGCGAGCUAAUCAAUAUUUAUUUAUAUAAAUAUAUUGUAUUAUAUUAAUAUUUAAUCAGAUAUUUUUAAAAGAUUAUAUAUUUAAUUAUUGUGAUCAACAUGUCAGGAAUUCCGAUUCUUCUCGUUACUGCCAAUGUUGGCAGUAUUUUUGAAGAGCCUGGACUGAUGUUGAAAACAUGGACAGAAGAAUUUUUAUCAACUAUAUCUCGACUGGAUCCAAAAUUUAUAGCAUUACACUGCCAAGAAGUAGGUGGAAAAAAUUAUGAACAAAGUAUGCGGCAUGUAGAAAAUUUUGUCAGAUUACUUAUGUCUUCGGAAGAACUAAGACUAUUCGACAAAGUAACUGUUUUCUUGGAUGAAGAUUUUUCAUCUGCUGAACACUUCACGGCCCUUGGAAAUUUUUAUUUCGUUCAUGAGUCACUAAAGGACGUGUUCAUUUGGGAUUUUCAAGCAUAUAAAUUUGUCGUCGUUGCUGGCAAAGAAGUGCAUUCUGGAAAUAUUGAAUCAGUUUCAACAAAAGAGAAAGCGAAAUUUCCUCAAAAUUUCUUCCCUGAAUGCAAGUGGUCAAGGAAGGGAUUUUUACGUACACGAUGGAGUAUAAAUGGGACAGUAUUUGAUCUUAUUAACAUACACUUAUUUCAUGAUGCCAGUAAUUUUAUUGCUAUGGAAACUUUUCCAUCAGUAUACAGCAAAACACGACGGAAGGCAUUGGAGCAUACACUCGAUAAAUUCCACAAUGAUCAGUAUCCAAAUGUACCAUAUUUUUUAUUUGGUGAUUUCAAUUUUCGUACCGACACAUCUGGUGUUAUAAAAAAACUUACUGAAGAUACUCAAGAAAGUCAAUUAUCUAACAAAGGAAGUCUUUCAAAGUUGCAAUUUCGAAAUAAGGAUGACAGUUUGAUAUUAACACUAGGCAAAAAAGAAUUCACUCAUUGUGAGCAUCAAAAUGUUUUUACAGAAAAUAGUGCUCGAUGGUUACAAGAAUACGAUCGUGAACUUGAAGUUUUUGAAGGUAGAUUAUUUGAAUUCCCAAUCGAAUUUGUGCCAAGUUACCCCUUUGAAGAAGACGUUAGUCAAGGAAGUAAUUUUAUGCAGACCAGAGUACCUGCUUGGUGUGACCGAAUUCUAUUAAGCCCGACUGCAAAAACUCUUAUUUCAUCUCCUGACACGGUCAAGUACGGAAUUAUUGGAGCCAACACAUGCAUGGGUGAUCAUAAGCCAGUCUAUCUACGGAUUUUCAUUACUUCGAAUGCAGGUACGAUAAAUUGUUGUUUGUCAUGUCCGCACUUAUGUUUCAAAGUGCCCAAGCAUUAUUUGGAGUUAUUAUCAAUGUUGCCUGGCUAUCGUAGUAAUUAUUUAAAUUUACAACAUACUGACCAUUACUCAUCACCAAAGCUUUUGCACGCAUUAAUGAUUGAGCAUGAUCCGUACACUCCGGACAGCAUGGAUAGUCCAAGUCCCAGUGCGUUUCCGACCUCAGCGGAGCCAGAUCAAGAUUACGAACAAAUAAAUAAUUUUGUUAAAAAAAAACCAUCUAAUGAAAAAACAUUCAAGAUGGCGGUAUCGCCGGCUCUUCUAAAAUCUAAGUUAGAAUUUAUUCAGAAUGAACAAAAAGCGCAACGGGAAAAACAUCAUAAGAAUGUACUCGAAUCCAGAUGUAAUUCUUGGCCGAAAACACGUGAAUCCAAACGCCAGUACAAGAUGAAGAAACAUCGGAGCAGUAGUGACAUUUCUUCAAUGUGCGGAAGCAAUGAAAGUUCUGAAGAAUCUAGAAUAUUUUCGCUUACUUCAAGUAUUGUUAGGAAAUCAAUUAGUCAUAUUGUGAUACCAAAAAUCGCUAUUAUCAAUGCAAGUAAUUUCCAAUCAAAGGAGAGCUCAGUAGAUUUACAAGAAGAAAGAUUGUUUAGUUUCAUCAAAGACCGAUCUAUUGGUAAAGACACGACUAGUGGUGAAGGCUCUAGUUUAGAACUUGACUUAUCAGAUAAAAAACAAGAGUAUCAAUCAGACAGUAAUAAAAUAUACUCUUGUAAUCAAGACAGUGGAGUUGAUACUUUGGAUGCUGAUGAUGUUUUUUCGCCGACAAAACCACUUAUAGUUUCUUCGAAUGAAACAACUUCUAGUUAUUCCUUAGAUUUAAACAAAGAUUAUCAUCACUUUGAAGAUGUCAUUAAUAAAAAUAGUGAAUUUGAAAUAGAAAUUGACGAGCUGGAAAAAAUUUCCGGAUUAACUACGAAUAUUCAAAAUUUAAUUUCCUCUACUGAACAGAACAUUACUUCGAAAAAUAUCAACAGAAGUAGUUCGAUAAAUAGCAAAAAUAGUUAUAAUGAAAAUCUAAACCCAAGUAAAUUAAAGUCGAAUAAAAUUACUCAGAAAAAUUUAAUUAAUGUACAUAAGUGUAAAAAGUGUUGCUGCGUUGUAAGUUGAUUUUCAGUUAUUAUAUUAUUAAAUUUAUUUAUUUUUAAUGUUACACUGAGAGAUUUAAUGUGUGUUAAUAUCCUGAAAAACAUAAAUAAGAUCUGGGUUGAUCUAUUGUCAUUCCAACAAGAGAUUGGACCGGGUGUCGUCGGUUUUUAUUCCCACUCUGGAUGUUCUAUGUGCUAAAUGUUCUCCCACUUUUCUGUGCGCAUGCGCAGUUCAUAAAUGUUCGGCAGUGGGGGCAAUUUCCGAGGUCUAUUCUCUUACUGGGAGUCCCAGUAUGAUGUGUAUUCUUAAAAUUACUAUUUCUAAAUUUUGAAAAUGAUUUUAUGUACAAACUAUCUUUACGUAUAUCUUGAUAGAUACUACCAAAGAAAAUAAAGUCAAAGCAAGUAAAUAAUAAAAAUUCUAUAUCAAUGCAUGAAUAAAAUAUGAAUUUUAAGUCACAUAUGCAAAUAUUUUUUCGAGAUACAUUUUUAAAUCUUCUACCUCAAAUACAAAAUAUAAACCCUUGACAAGUACUGAGAGAACAUACAAUUUAGCCAAAAAUUUUAUAGUAUAAGGAGUAAGAGAGUAUGAGUUUUUACUAAUCAUUUUAUUUUCCUAUUUUUUUACAUCAUUGUAAUGUUUGUAAAAAAAAUGUUAAUAAUUUAAAAAAAUUUAUCUUUGUACUCCGAAGUUUACUUUAAAAAGAAUCUAUUGAUAAUAUGGAGAAAGUUUAAGUGACUACGAUUAUUGUUCAUAAUUCAAAACAAAGAAAAAUUAAUGAAAAUAUUCGUAACCUAUACUAUGAAAUUUCAAAUGAUUUUGAAAUAUUGCAACUCGUAAUUUUGUAAUAAUUCGCGUAUGUGAAUAGAGUAAUUUAAUAUGACAAAUAGCAGAAUGUGAAAUAAAACAAUAAGGCAUAACGAAACAAUACAAAAUUUGUGAAAUCUUUGAUAAAUUAACCAAACAAAACAGCCUUUCAUUGUAUUUCAUCUCAUAUUUAUUGCUAAUAUAGUAUUUAUGACAAAGACUUUUUUUUAAUUGACGAAAUAGUAUAUUGCGAAGCGAAGGGUAAAAACACGAUUUCAGAUGAGGGCGAAAUUUACUGUGAGCCGAAAACGAGUGCUGACAUAACCCCACGUUUGAAAUAGUCUUCAAUCCCGCGCCACGCGCUAUAUUUUGUUAUAUCACCUGCGUAGAAAUCGGAAAUUCUGAUAUCUGUAGCCAAUUGAAACAGACCGAUUUCGGACCAAUAGCGCGGCAAAAAUAAUGCUGUACAGUCCGUAAAAGAAUGAUCUUUUCUUCCGCCAUUUUUCUACAAUUGAGUCAUUACUGCACAUGCGCGCUAGUGCAAAUUCAUGGAAAAGUAAUAGGAUUAAGUCCAUUCUUUUGCAGACUUAAGUAUACGCAAACUUGAGUGAUUUAAAAGAAAAAAUAAUGGCAUUAAGGAAAAAUUCAAUUGCCAAGUUGAUAUUUUAACCAUUUACGUAUACUUGUCAAGGGUAACUAAAAAUAUCGAUGAUGUUACGUUAUUUAAUUUAUAAUUGUUUUAAAAUUUAUUGAAACAUUUUUAGCAAUAGCGUUAUAGUUUUACCAGAAAUGAACAAUGUAUUAUAAUGUAUUAAUUAUAGAACGGAAAACAUCAGUAUUUGUCGUUGGAACAUCGCAUGUGCAUUUAAUAAAUUUGAGCAUCUUAGCUUUAUUUAGCUUCACUGUUUAUAUUUUUUACUUUUUUGAAAAUUGUUUGAUUUGAUAACUUUCACAACAGUAUUAAGUCAUUUGAAUACAAUUGGACCUCAUUAAAACAUUAUUUUAAUUUAUGUCUUAUUCGCACUAGAAAUAUUGUCUGAUUGUUAGAUUAUAAAUUAUUUUAACAAGGCCCGAUUGUAUGACUUUUUGUUUUUUUUACAAGUUUCUGCUAACAAAUGAUAUUAACUUUAAAUAAAUUGCUUAUAACAGAUCCGAUAGAAUCUAAUAAGCGCGGAAGUAAUGUCAAUCUUUUGAAAAACAUGAAGAAAUUGACAUGCUGCAACAGCGGGGCAACAAUAACACGGUACAUCCAUAUAAAACACGCUGAUUCAUCAGUCAAGAUAUUUCGAGAA